UAAAAGGAAAAUAAGAAAGACUAAAGAGAGAGGGCUCUUUAGCGAAUUAGAUAAAGGAAAUAGAGGGAAAAGGAAAACUGCGACGAGAAGAAGAUGAAACUGCCGGCGUCUUCCAAAACCCCUGUCAAGUUCAGGAUACCGACUCUGGAGAAUUUGGUGCCAAUUCGAUUGGACAUAGAGAUCGACGGUCACCGCUUCAAAGAUGCUUUCACCUGGAAUCCUUCUGACCCUGACUCGGAGGUGGUCGUGUUUGCGAAGAGGACCGUGAAAGACUUGAAGCUUCCUCCGGCAUUCGUGACCCAGAUCGCUCAAUCGAUUCAGUCACAACUUCAAGAGUUUCGAUCAUACGAAGGGCAAGAUAUGUAUACUGGUGAGAAGAUUGUUCCCAUCAAGCUUGAUCUUCGAGUGAAUCAUACUCUGAUAAAGGAUCAGUUUUUGUGGGACUUGAACAACUUUGACAGUGAUCCUGAAGUGUUUGCUAGAACCUUCUGCAAAGACCUGGGUAUUCAAGACCCUGAAGUCGGACCUGCAAUUGCCUUCACAAUCAGGGAACAGCUCUAUGAGAUUGCAAUUCAGAGUGUCGCUACUGCAAGAGAGAACAGAUUGAGCAAAAAGGGUCGCCGUGGUGCUGAACAUUUCCCACCUAGUAAAAGUAGUGGUACUGCACUGGAGGUGAUGAAGGUAUUCAAUAACAAAUACAGUGUAGUUAGGAAAAGGAAGGAGUGGGAUGUAUAUGAACCCAUUGUUGAUAUUCUAUCAAAUGAAGAAGUGGACGCCCUUGAAGCAAGAGAGGAGAGACUUGCUAGGUGAAUUUGUGAGGCAAAUCGUGGGUGAAUAAUGUAAUUGCCAAAUAGAUCUGGCUUGGAUGCAGUCCUUUCAAGCAUUGCAUUAUGUGGUGUACAAUUGGAUUCAUUCCAAGCCGCUCGCGGGCAUACCAAGUACAAGACCUGUGUCUAGGUUCGAUGGGCUGCACUCGCCUUGAAUUGUAUUCCCGAGGUUGGUGUUAGUAGUGUUGAGAUUUAAUUUCUCAAAUUUUGUAUUUGGGGUGUUGUGUUUUUGUGGUUUAUCAAUCUGUAUCAAUAAAAUAAAAUUGAACGGGCCAUGC